CUGAUCUCAACCCCAUCCAACACACCUGGGUUCGAAGCGAUUCCCGAGCACGUCAAGGGACCUAUUUUCGAGGAUCAUACGGCCCCUUGAGCCAGCUUUGGUUAAUACUUGGCUCAAUUGAUGAGAUCGACACUUUUCUCACACUCAUUUCUCCCGCUCCGUGUCGUCGCCCUAACUUGUCGAGUUCGCCUUCUCCCACGCCAUGUCGCGCUGACUGGCCUCUCCUGACAACAACCAACCAAUUCGAGCAGGGAGAACAACGUACAUCCGGGGUCUCGAAAACGUUUUAUCGUCAGCAUGUUGCAACCACGAAAGCUGAUGUCGGCCCAGAGGAGCUGCGCAAGCAUUCUGGGCUCGACCGCCUUCCGGGGGCUUGUAAUCAGACAGUAUGCCUCCGCCACGAGAAAAUCUGCCGACAAGCCUGCCUCCGAGAAACCGACAACGACAGCCAGCGAUUUUGCUGCCCCCGGGUCUGCCCCGACCAAAAGCAACGACUCCGUCAUCAUGCGCACCUACAAGCCUCGAACCCCCGGUGUCCGCCAUCUCAAGCGACCCAUCAAUGACCAUCUGUGGAAGGGACGCCCCUUUCUGCCAUUGACUUUUCCCAAGAAAGGUCACGGCAAGGGUGGUCGCAACUCUUCUGGAAAGAUCACCGUCAGACACCGUGGAGGCGGUGCCAAGAGGAGAAUAAGAACCGUCGACUUCAACCGCUGGCUGCCCGGCCCCCAUCUGGUCGAUCGCAUCGAGUACGAUCCGGGGCGUAGUGCUCACAUUGCGCUGCUCACGAAUAAGUCAAAUGGGCGCAAGAGCUACAUUGUUGCGGCCGAGGGUAUGCGCGCUGGUGACGUUGUCCACAGCUACCGUUCAGGCAUCCCCAAGGACCUGCUCGACAGCAUGGGCGGCGUCGUCGAUCCCGGUAUUUUGGCCGCCAAGACUGCCUGGAGAGGUAACUGCCUGCCCAUGCACAUGAUCCCUAUCGGUACCGUGGUUUUCAAUGUUGGCUCAAGGGCCAAGGGCGGUGCUGUUUUCUGCCGCAGUGCUGGCACUUACGCGAUUGUCGUCUCAAAAGAGGAAGAGACCAGGGAUGACGGAACCAAGGUCAUGACGGGCAAGUACGUCAAUGUCCGUCUCCAAAGUGGUGAAAUCCGCAGAGUCAGCAAGGACGCCUGCGCCACCAUUGGAGUUGCCAGCAACCCGCACCACCAAUACAGGCAGCUAGGUAAGGCCGGAAGAAGCAGAUGGCUGAACAUUCGCCCUACUGUUCGUGGCCUUGCCAUGAACUCUGUUGAUCACCCUCACGGAGGUGGACGUGGCAAGUCCAAGGGUAACCGUCACCCGACUAGUCCGUGGGGCACACCGGCCAAGGGAGGGUUCAAGACUCGCCGUAAGCACAACUUCAACAAGUGGGUUGUUGAACCCAGAGUACGCAACAUGGGCCGGAGGAGAGACAAGAGCAGCUCUUAAACUGCUGGCGCAUUUCGAUUGUGGGCCUAGAAGAAGGGGGCUAAACGAUAUAUGUGCCGAGCACGGGAAGAAGAGACUCGAAAUGCUUGUUGUAAAUGUAUGGCAUACAUGUAUUUGUAUCAUAGAGAGGUUUGCGCUGAGCUGUCGACUGAUGAUGGACGCACUCUGCCAAGAUGCCGCAACUGGACUUACUGUAACACCACUUUCUGCACCUGAA